UUAAGGCGCAGAUGUCAGAUCGAUAAACGAAAGUCUUCACAUUUCGAAAUAUCGAAUUGUCGUGAACAAUUGCAAUAUAUUGCAUCUGUGAAUAAUCACAAAUUUUUGCAAAAGAAUAUUGAUUUUCAAAUAAAUCCUGCUAGAUGUGUGGUUAUUUUUUGAACUUUUGAGGCAUACUACGUUUUAAAUCAAAAAUGAUGUUAGCCAGAGUAUGUCGAAGUAACAUUUCACCAAAUUUAGUUAGCCUACUGAAGACUCCAGUUAGGUCAAAACCAUUUAUUCCGAAGAUUCAAUCUACAAGGUUAUUCGCUAACGAUGGACGAAGCACAUUUACAAGAUCGGCUCGUAGAACAACAAUUUCGGAGCAAGCGAUGGCUCCUUCAAGAGGAGGUGCAUUCACUAUUGGAAAAGGAUUUGUUGCUGGUGGUGCUGUAGUAGGAUUAGGUUCUCUUUGUUAUUAUGGUUUGGGUUUGUCACCAACUUUGGGAGCUAUAGAUUAUGCACAAUUAUGGCCUCAAUAUGUAAAGGACAGAAUCAGAACUACAUACAUCUAUCUUGGUGCAUCUUUAGCAAGCAGUGCUGCAGCUGCAGCAAUAUGUUUACGCUCUCCAACUAUCAUGAAUUUGGUAUUACGUCAAGGAUGGGUUGCCAUGUUGGCAACAUUGGCAUCUGUUUGUGGUAGUGGAAUAUUGCUACAAAAUAUUCCAUAUAAAGAAGGUUUUGGUUUAAAACAAAUAGCAUGGUUGAUCCAUACUGGGACUGUUGGUGCAAUUCUUGCACCCUUGUACUUUAUUGGAGGACCUUUAAUAGUUAGAGCUGCAUGGUAUACUGCUGGUGUAGUUGGUGGUCUAUCACUAGUUGCUGUUUGUGCACCAAAUGAAAAAUUUUUAAACAUGGGAGGUCCAUUAGCAAUUGGUUUGGGACUUGUGUUUGCAAGUAGCGUUGGAUCGAUGUUUUUACCACCUACCACAGUUCUUGGAUCAGGAUUGCAUUCAGUAUCUCUAUAUGGUGGUUUGGUACUAUUUUCCAUGUUUCUUUUAUAUGAUACACAAAGGAUUAUUAAGCAGGCAGAAACAUAUCCAACAAAUGCCAAUCUUGUAAGGCCAUAUGAUCCAAUAAAUAACGCAAUUUCUGUUUAUAUGGAUGUAAUUAAUAUUUUUGUAAGAAUUCUUACAUUAAUAGCACAAGGAGGAAAUAGAAAACAAAAGUAAAACAGAAUAUUUUUUAAUAGAGUAAUGAAAUUAUGUAUUCCCGUUUUAUUUGAAGAAAGCCGCAAUUUGGUACUAAACUCAAAAUUGUUUUGCAAUAAAUAAGUUUCACAUAUUUAUAUGUAACCUAUUUAAUGUAAUAUUUUAAGAUGAUCUGUAAAUUAUUAGCUAAUUUAAAAUAAAAUAUAAAUCAUACAAAA